UCGGCAGCGAGAUGAGGAAGAAAGUGAGAAGGAAGGAGUGCACUGAACUCUUAACAAGCUCGCUGCAAACAACUCGCUGUACGUGAAAGUUAUUUAUACCCGUCUCAGUUUGAGAACGUACCGUUUCUGUGAAGAUGCUUUGAAGACGAAGGGAAGAUGGAAGUAGAAGAGACUGGUAAAACAAGGACCACCUGUGCUGCAACGUUAGAGACACACUCCGUCCCCUGUGACCAUGCUGGGAAGAAGAGAAAACAAGACCCUGAACCUGUGGUGACAAUUAUAGUGGAUGAAGAGGAAGAUGAGGAAGAUGAGAAAGAUGAGGGUGAGAUGAUGUCUGACCACAUAAGGUAUUCAGAGGAGCCCAGUAACAAAAGGGUCAAACCUGUGGUGAAGUCCAACAGCCUAACCGGUGUCAUAACCCCGGUGAAGACCCCUGCUCUGAAACGCAUUGGACAGUCUAUUUCGCGGUCAAUUAGUUUUCGCACGGAGGCGCGACCUUUGCCCCCGGCUCCCCUGCGCUCUCGCACAAAGGCCUCGUCGUAUCCACGCCGGCGCAACAGCCAGUGCUGGAGUGACACUGUGGAGAGCCAUGACCUUACUGCAAAGGAGAUCAAGCGACAAGAGGUGAUCUAUGAGCUGACUCAGGGUGAGAGACAAUUCAUUGAAGACCUCAGCCUGGUCAAGAAGGUCUACUAUGAGCCCAUGCUGAAGUUGGACAUCAUGACAGAGAAUGAGCUUGGACAGAUCUUUGGUACACUGGAUUCUCUCAUUCCUCUUCAUCAAGAUCUUCUGAGUCGUCUUGAGCGGCUGAAGGGAUCAGAGAAGACAAUCGGACAGGUGGGGCCUACCUUGAUGAACUGGUUCCCUUGCCUGGAGGCCUAUGUUACGUACUGCUGUAACCAGGUGGGGGCUAAAGCCCUGCUUGACCAGAAAAAGCAUGAGAAAAGAGUUGAGCACUUCUUGCGUCUGUGUCAGGAGUCCUCGUUCAGCAGGAAACUGGACCUGUGGAACUUCCUGGAUCUCCCCCGAAGCCGUUUAGUCAAAUACCCCUUGCUGCUGAAAGAGAUACAGAAGUGCACCCCUCCAGAGCACCCGGAUGAGGACACGCUGCCCGAUGCUUUGGAGCUGCUCCACAGCAUCGUGGCCGAGGUGAACAAGAAGACGGGCGAGGCGGAGUGUCAGUUCUACAGGCGGUGCCUUGCUUAUCUCGAAGAGAGUCAGAGACUACAAGAGAUCCAGCUGUCCCGCUUCCUGUACUGCCACGGAGAGCUCAAGAACAACAAGGGCCAGCGGCUGCAUGUAUUCCUGUUUGAGCUGGCCUUGGUGCUGACCAGGCCGGGGGAGGACAGAGAGGGAGGUCAGGUGUUCCAUGUGUACAGACAGCCUCUGCCCAAUGCCUUGAUAAAUCUGGAGGAGAUCCCAGAUGGGGAGGCUGGGGGAGGGGGCACCUUCAGGGGAGCCUUCACUGGAGGCAAUGAUAAAGUGAAAAACUGUUUCCGUGUGAGCAGCAGAGGGCGCUCCAAAGCUCACCCUUACAGCCUGCAGGCCAAUGAGUCCUUCAGCAAGCAGCAGUGGAUCACCUGUCUGCGCCAAGCAAUUGUCCAGUCGCGAGAUGGGACCGCUCAGACCAGCCAGUCGCAGCGCUCCCUUCACCCUGAUCCCGCCCUGUAUCACAUAGCGCAGCUCAGCCUCAGCUCGGACACAGAAAUGGCAGAUCAUACCUGCCGCUGACUGUCAGACUGAUGAUCAUGGGAAGUGAACUGCACAUUGACAUUGGAGAGAAUAAAAUGUAUACUGUGAAAGAUUAUUGUGCUUAGACACAUAGAAUUUCCGACAUGGAUUUAGUCUGUUCCUGCAUUUGCUAAUGGAUUGUGCAAUUGUGGUGAUGUUUGAUGUACAGCUUUAGAACAGUAUUACUGAAUGUGGAUUUAUAGUGUAAAAUGUUUUCAUUGUUGUUUUUUUAAUAAACUGACAUAGAAGUU